ACUACUUCUAGUUCAUUCACUACAAGGUUUUUCGACUGUUCAGUUUAGUCUAAAACAAGUUUACACACAUAGAGGCAAAAUUACCGGUUUUUUCUCCCUAUUUCGAAUUUAUUAUUUUUUUUCCUUUUACUUUUAAAGUAAAUAUCGUAACCAUGUCGCAUAAAUUCUUUCCUUCUUAUGGUGGGCAAUCGCCAAGGUAUGACGAUUUUGACAAUAUAUUUCCGGAGAGGAAUCGAUUAAUUUACUCUGUUAAUAACAAUAUUAAGACUUAUGGUAAUGGAUUUGACGGCUCAAACUUCAAUGGGUCAUAUGGAUCAACAUUUGCGAGCCGUUUAGGCAGAGGUUUUGAAGCUUAUCGAGAAUUUAAUACGAUUUACGGUAAUAACAUGGACAAGAAAAUUGCAGAACUGCAUAGUUCCUGUGCGAAUAUAGGUAAUUUCAAUUUUACGGCCCCAAUUGUCAGCUCGAAUCGGCAGGAACUAUCGACAAAUGUGAAUAAUUUUGCUUUAAAUCCAUAUUCUUUAAGUGAUCUUGGCAACACAGCUGAUAAGCCUUUUAUUUCGUCUUCAUUUAUCAACAAAUUAAAGAAAAGUAUUGAUCCCGUUACGAAACGUACAAAUCUCCAUUUCUAUCGCUCAAGUGUUAUGGCUGGUGAUGGCGCUGUUGGUGGUGAUGGAGGUGAUGUGGAUCAAGAGCAGGCUGUGGUGUAUCCCACAUUAACUAAUGACAAUGUUAAUUAUGGUGGACAUGGAGAUGGAAAUGAACAUGAGAAUGUUACUAUUUUUAAUAAGGUUUCAACCAAUCUUUUUAAUCGUCAUCGGCGUCACAAUGCACUUUUAACUGAACUCCGAACCGCAAAAAACACAACCGAUUGUCCAUCUAAACCAAAUGCUUGGCCGAAACAUAUAAAGGACAAUGUGGAAAGAAGACCAUAUUUUUAUAAAUGUCCCAUCUGUCUGGAUAGUGUGGAAUGGCGUAGACCUUUGGCGACUAAUUGUGGGCAUGUGUUUUGUAGUGAGUGUCUCAGCAUUGCCUUGGCUUUAACCCACACAUGUCCGGUGUGCAAGAUUCGUGUAUCGACACGUAGAAUAUAUAGAAUAUAUAUUUAAAUGAUUGAAUAACCAAUGUGUAUACGAUUGGAUUGUAUAUAAGUAUAUGUAGAAGACAAAAUUUUGUAUAAUUUACACAGACGCAUAUAUAUAUAUAUAUAUAUUUGUAUAUGUCAAAUGUAUUGAAAUCCUUUCGACUA